AAUAAGCUAAGGAACAGUCCCUAAUUAAGGAUUAAAAUGAAUGAAUCUUUGUUGACGUGGCUUUCUUCGUUUUAGGGUUUUCUGUAGUUUCUCUCUCUGUGGUCUUUUUUUUUUCAGUCACUCUCUUUUGAAGAUGGGAGCAAAUGGUCGGUGGCUGCUCUCCCCUAUCUUAUUCUUUCUCUUCCACUUUCAUUGCCUACUACUUUGUCUUCUCCUACAUCUCUCUUUCCAAGAAGCUUCUUUAUCCAAUACCCUUUAAAUCUGAGAAAGCUUGCACCUUUAAGGUGUCUGAGCUCACUAACGAUGGAAUCCCUGAAACUCAUCCUCGAUUUCGAAAAGUUCGACGAUGGGUUUGUUCAGAAACUCGUCUACGAUGCUCUCGUUUGGUCUUCCCUUCACGGCCUUGUCGUCGGUGACAAAACUUAUCAGAUAGUGUUGAUGAGAGGUUUUGAUUUACAGAGAUCAGGAACAGUUCCAAGGGAGAAUGACUUCUUUAAGGUGUUUGGUCCAGCGUUCAAGAGGAACGCGAGGUGGUCUGUUAACACUCGUGUGCUUGAUCUGGGAGAUAGAACACGCCGGUGAAAGAGGUUGAUAGCCAGUGGCGGACCAAGAGCAUAACGUACGGGGGCACGUGCCCCCAACUAACUUUUAAAUUUCUUUUAACAAAUGCUAUAAAGUGUAUACAAGUGCCCCCAACUCAAAAAUAAAAUGCAAUGGAAAUGUUUUUGUGCCUCCUAUAAAAUAUGUUUCUGCAUCCGCCACUGUUGAUAGCUAUUACAACUUCUGGUACGCUUUCAAGAGCUGGAGAGAGUUUCCCGAGGAGGAGGAGCACGAUCUCGAGGAGGCGGAUUCUCGCGAGGAGAAGAGGUGGAUGGAGAGAGAGAACGCGAGGAAAACACAGAAGGCUAGAAAGGAGGAGUACGCUCGGAUAAGGACUCUUGUGGACAACGCUUAUAAGAAGGACCCGAGGAUAGUGAAGAGGAAGGAGGAGGAGAAGGCGAAGAAGCAGGCAAAGAAGGAUGAAAAAGUUAUGGCCAAGAAGAAGCUGGAGGAAGAAGCUGCUGCAGCUAUCGAGGAAGAGAAGAGGAGGAAAGAAGAGGAAGCUAAACUCGCUGCAGAGGCUGCUCAGCAGCAAAAGUAAAACAAGGAGAAGGAGAAGAAGCUUUGUUCCAAGGAACGGAGUCGGCUCAGGACUCUCUCUGCACCUGUUCUGUCCCAGCGUCUGCUUGGCAUCUCUGUUGCAUACGUGGAGGAUCUCUGCAUGUCGUUAAACACCGAGCAGCUGAGGAAGCUGUGCGACAAGAUGGAGAACAAGGAAGGGCUGAAGCUGGCAAAGGUGCUCAAGAAUGGGAACAAUGAUGAAACUGAGAGUGAAGAAGAAGAAGUGGUUGAAGCUAAGCAUAAUGGUCAUGUAAAAGCCAAUGGAUUUGCUACUCAGAGCCCUCGAGCUGCUGCAAUGGUAUGAGAAUUUUUGGUUUUUGACAGAGAGAAGAGAAGUUCUAGGGAGAAUGGUCUUUCGAUUUCUAUUUUUUGUUACUGCUGUGUCGAUUUCUGUUUUGUCAGUCUCAUUGUCUGAGUUUGGAAACUUUAGUUUUGAUGGGGAAAUUGGUAACGCUCAUUCAUAACAACAAACUUUGAAAAAGAUUGAGAAAUCUUCCAUACACAUUUGAUCAUA